CGUGUAGCAGUCGCCAUACACAUCGAAUAAAAUAGUUAAUCCGUUUGUUUACCCAUCCUCAUUAAAGUAAUUACUGUGAAUUUCAUAUGUACCGAUCUUAAAAUGUUUGUAAAUGUGAAUAUUGCGUAUGUUUUUAAAUUAACCAUGUAGAUUCAUUGAAUCCUCAACUGCUCACCAAAAAAAGUCGGUAAAUUUUACAAUAGCAUUCCCCGAACUCUGGCUUAAACUGGGUGUGUACGAAUAAAGAAGGUUCUCCAGAUUAUGGAAAUAUAGACAUACAAUAUAGUUGCCUCUGACUUCUACGCGGAAGAAAUGACGACACUCCGGUAUUGAACCGACCAAGCAAUGAAUCGCUUUACGAAAGUAUUUGGUAAUAAAAGAUGUAACGUUAUUGCAAUGGUCCACGUUGAUGCUUUGCCAGGUACUCCUGGAUACAAAGGAAAUUGGUCCCAAAUUGUGAAUAAAGCAAAAACCGAAGCAAGUAUUUACGUUAAACAUAAAGUGGAUGCCAUCUUAAUAGAAAAUAUGCAUGAUGUACCUUAUAUUCCAAAUCGUCUUUUAGGCCCAGAAACCGUUGCUUGUCUAUCGAGAAUAUCUAGCGAAAUUCGUCAAAUAGUUCCAUCCUCUCUGCCUUGUGGGCUUCAAAUAUUGGCUAGCGGCAACAAACAAGCACUAGCCGUCGCAAAAGCAUGUGAUUUAGAUUUCAUUCGCGCAGAAGGCUUUGUGUUUGCACAUGUGGCAGAUGAAGGUUAUACGGAUGCUUGCGCUGGGAAGAUACUGCGCUACCGGAAGUAUAUUGAUGCCGAAAAUGUCCUGAUCUUUACGGAUUUAAAGAAGAAACACAGUUCCCAUGCCAUCACGCAUGAUGUUACAUUAUUUGAAACCGCGAAAGCAGCAGAGUUUUUUCUAUCGGAUGGCAUUGUGAUAACAGGUAGAUCAACCGGUUGCGCGGCUAAUAUGGAAGAUUUGAAUGCGGUAGCGGGUAAAAUUAACGCUCCCUUGAUAAUAGGCUCCGGGGUGACAAAUACAAAUCUAAAGCAAUAUUAUGAAAGCUCCCAAGCAGUGAUUGUUGGUUCCUCUUUUAAGCUCAAUGGAUUCUGGGCGAAUAAUCUAUGUGAAAAAUCAAUUAAUAAAUUUAUGGAAGAAAUGGAAAAAUUAAGAAAUUAACUGAGUCCAUGAAUUAAAAAACCUCUGUUUAGUACUAUUUGAUAGUAAGAGGUGGUCGAGAUCGCAAAAGCGAAUAUUUUGUAUUUGUGUAAUAAUUUUAUAAUAUAUUGUUCAAAAGUUAAAUGAUUCUAACAAUAUAAGUAUGCUACCAUACCAUGUGCGAUA